AUGCUUGGCUCCCGCUGGAAUGGCAAGGUAACUAUGUACCACGCCACUGAUAGGCAGAGCGCUCGGAGCAUUAUAAACCAGCAGCACAUGAGUCCCGGUUCCGGUGGGAUGCUUGGCCCAGGAAUAUAUUUUUCGAUGAACUGCGAGGCCGCUUCCCGAAAGCGGCGGCGAUACGACGACGACGACCAGGUGACCUUGAGCGCGACGGUCGACCUCGGGGAGACCGGGUUUUUCGCCGACGGGCAUCGCGUGGACAGUUAUGAGAUGGACGCUUAUGAUAUCCAGAGCGCGAAGGUCAACGCCCCCCGUCGGGACUCGUUCAUGGUGUUGGACUCCUGGCGGGUGACGAACAUGGAGGUGUUCAGCGGGGACCUGUACAGCGACGAUGACGAGGACGACGACGACGAUGAUUAUGACGACUACAGCUACACUUACAGUUCCAAGCGACAGCGAUACUAG